CUAGAAUGGUCCCACCUGAUCUCGCCUUCUCCCAUCUUUGAGGACAUGUAAUUUCAUCGUUAGAGCGGUCACUCGACUGUCUUGUCAAUAUAAUUGAUCAUCGAAGAGGAACAACAGGGGCAAGGGGGGGUUUGUGGGGCAAAUGAGCACAGCACAGGCUGCGUGAGAAGUAAGCUGGUAGGAUUCAACAUGGCAUCGGGCGAUACGCUUUAUAUUGAGGCGGACGGCUCGGAGAUGCCGGCCGAACUAGUGGAGUUACACGAGAUAGAGGUGGAAACGAUACCGGUAGAGACUUUCGAGACUACAGUGGUCGGGGGAGACGACGACCAGCCGAUGAUAGCACUCCAGCCGCUGGUAUCAGACGACCCGAAUUCGAUCCACCACCACCACCAUCAAGAAGUGAUCCUAGUGCAGACAAGAGAGGAAGUUGUUGGCGGGGAUGAUUCGGAUAUGCUUGCGGACGGGGGUUACGAGGAUCAAAUCCUCAUCCCCGUCCCAGCACCCGGGGUGGAAGACGAGUACAUCGAACAGACUCUGGUGACUGUAGCCGGGAAAAACUCGGUUGGUCGGAUGAAGAGAGGGGUAGGCGGCAGUGGCAAAAAAGCUGGCCAAAAGAGUUAUUUGGGUGCUGUAGAACCAAGCAGUAGAAAAUGGGAACAGAAGCAGGUGCAAAUAAAGACUAUGGAGGGGGAAUUCUCUGUUACAAUGUGGGCUUCGGAUGACAAAAAAGACAUUGACCAUGAGUCAGUUGUUGAAGAACAGAUCAUUGGGGAGAAUUCCCCUCCGGACUACUCUGAAUACAUGACGGGGAAGAAGCUGCCCCCUGGAGGGAUACCUGGCAUCGACCUGUCAGACCCCAAACAGCUGGCAGAGUUUGCCAGGUCAGUGUCUAUCUGCCUAAACUCACCUGUCCAUCAAGGUUCCUUCAGUGACUCUGCUGGUCCCUAUGGUCAGAACUCAGUGUGGAUGAAGCCGAGGAAGGUAAAAGAAGACGAUGCGCCCAGGACGAUAGCCUGCCCUCACAAAGGCUGCACAAAGAUGUUCAGGGACAAUUCAGCGAUGAGGAAGCAUCUCCACACCCACGGGCCUCGUGUGCACGUCUGUGCCGAGUGUGGCAAGGCCUUCGUAGAGAGUUCCAAACUCAAACGUCACCAACUCGUUCACACAGGGGAGAAACCCUUCCAAUGUACCUUUGAGGGCUGUGGGAAGAGGUUUUCGCUGGACUUUAACUUGCGCACACACGUUCGUAUCCACACCGGAGACCGGCCCUACGUAUGCCCCUUUGACGGCUGCAAUAAGAAGUUUGCACAGUCAACCAACCUCAAGUCUCACAUCCUCACACACGCCAAAGCCAAAAACAACCAAUGAGAGCCCUCCGACCUUCCCCAAGUCCCACCCCCACAGCAGCAUCUUAAUGACACCACACGUCAAACCUCCUUUGAUGAAAGAAGGAAAUUAUUGAAAAAUACUUUGAUAAAUACGGAGAUUAAAUCCUCUCUUCUCCCAUUGGUUGACUGAAGAACACAGUGGCACUCUUCAAAAAGAUGAAACCCCUCUCCCAACCUUCCACCCCCCUCUCUCCUCACUUCAUUGCGGCUUCAUUUUUAUUGCCAUAAAUAUGGAACUCAUGGACUAACAGACUAUUCUUUCUGCCAUGGAGCUGCAUGAGUGAGGGAGCAAUUAGGCUAUUCUUUCUGCCAUGGAGCUGCAUGAGAGAGAGAGCAAUUAGGCUAUUCUUUCUGCCAUGGAGCUGCAUGAGAGAGAGAGAGCAAUUAGGCUAUUCUUUCUGCCAUGGAGCUGCAUGUUAGAGAGAGCAAUCAGGCUAUUCUUUCUGCCAUGGAGCUGCAUGUUAGAGAGAGCAAUCAGGCUAUUCUUUCUGCCAUGGAGCUGCAUGUUAGAGAGAGCAAUCAGGCUAUUCUUUCUGCCAUGGAGCUGCAUGUUAGAGAGAGCAAUCAGGCUAUUCUUUCUGCCAUGGAGCUGCAUGUUAGAGAGAGCAAUCAGGCUAUUCUUUCUACCAUGGAGCUGCAUGUUAGAGAGAGCAAUCAGGCUAUUUUUCCACUUUCAGCAUAGAUUUUAAU